AUGCUAUCCCUCUGGGCAGGGCAGAGUCAGGAGGGCGGCUGCCUGCGCCUUCUGCACCUGCGGGCCAACCUGCCUGGUGGCCCAAGGGAGAAGGAGCCACCAGAGAGCCAGAAGCUCUUGCAGAGGGAGGAAAAAGAAGGCAGAAGAAGCACGGGGCAGGCCGCGGGGACCGGGCCGCGGGGCAGGAGGGGCCUUCGGGCUUCCCCUGCCCCACCUGCAGGGGGACGAGGCCAUCCCGAGCAGAGGCACCGCCGUGAUCACCUUCAUCUUUCCAUCCCUCAGCGGCACCAGGAGUACCUGAAGAUGCUGAGCGAGAGGGAGGAGGCGCUCGAUGAGGCUGAUGAAUUGGAGCACUUGGUGACGUCGCAGACAGAGUCUGUAAACAUCGACCACCCAAACCACAUUGUAACAGUGACCACCAUCAGUGACCUGGACCUCUCAGGAGCACGCCAGCUGGGACUGACCAACCCUGUGGGAAAAAGCGAUGGAUCAGAAGAAGAGAAAGGGGAAGAGGUGGUGAACAAGCCUGUAAGAACAAUGCCCAAGAAGUCCAGAAACCCCUUCCUGUCUGAAAAGAUCUCUUCCCUUACUGCCACACUGCACAUGCACAGCCGGAAAAAGACGAAAGGAAAGAGACCCCAGCGUGGGCAAGGCCCACGCAAGAAAAUCCAGAAAUCCAGCACAGGGCGAACCACUAAGACUCAGCGACGGAGGCUGACAGGAAAAAUGGGGCGUGACCAAGAUUAAUGGAGAAACUAGUGCUUGGACCAGCAGCUGGGACAGUGUUCCACAUCUGGCCUGCUGUUCUGCAGAGCGCCUUCAUCGUGGGCAAGGGCCUUGUUUACUUGGCUUGCUGACCAGCAGUGAGCCCAGUUCAGCCUUUCUCUCGCCUCCUGAGCACUGGCCAGGGUGACUAGACACUCUAGCCAUUUAUUUCUGCAGUGAUCUCCAGCUAAGUGCCUGGGUGCCACGGAGUCUGCUUCUGCUGGGGGUCAGCUUCUCUGUUUGGCGUAACCCUUCUGUCCUUGGGCCUCCCCUUCCAGAGCUGAUACUUGGCUUUAUCAAAGGAGAGGAUCUGGAGCUGAGUGCAACAGGCUCAUUGUCAGGGCAAUUGAUGGGACCGAGAUCUGCUUCCAUUCAUGUGUCGGUGCCCUGACACUCCUGCUCUGCGGUAAAUCCUUUGUCCAUGGAGACAUGGUGUCAUCUUGUCUCAUGUGUUUUUUCUCCAGUGCCACACCUGACUGCAGGGAUACCUUUUAUUUGGUACCUUUGCCAGGUAAAAGUUGAUAACUUUGUGAAUAAAUGUUUAUUAAGUCAUUUUUGCUAAGAGAAAAAUACUUGUGACUACUUUGAAGCAUAACAGCAACUGUGCUAACACCAGCACCAGCUGGAAAGAGGGAAGAUGAUUCCUGAUGCUUAAAGGAUAUUGAAAUCCACU